AAACAUCAUACACAGCUUCACUCUAAAUUUGAAUACAAGACCACCAUGUUGCAGUAUCUCGCAAAGGCUGGAGCAGUAGCUUCGCUCCUAUGGAUGACAAGCGCAUCUCCUCAAAACUCUGGGAACGCCUCUGUACCCUGUGAAGCAUUGCUAUCUACCAAUCUUUCAUCUCGAGUUCUUCUCCCCAACGAUCCCUUGUAUGAGCCCCGAGUUCAAUCCUAUUACAUUGGCAACGGCCGACUCCACCCAUGGUGUUUCUUCCUCCCACAAACAGCCUCCGAACUCUCCACAGCCAUCAAAGCGCUCUCGGCAGCCGCUACAGCUGCCGGAGAAGAUAGAGACUGGCACAUUGCUGUACGCAGCGGCGGACACAUGUGGCCAGGCUCCAACAACAUCAUCAACGGCGUCACCAUCGACAUGGGCAACAUGAACGCUUCUUCUUACGACGAGCAAACCAAACUUGCUAGCAUAGAGACUGGUGCUCGCUGGAGUGAUGUGUAUCGAAUCUUGCACGACCGGUAUAAUGUCACCGUCACCGGUGGGAGAGACGGAGAUGUUGGUGUGGGCGGGUUUCUACUGGGCGGGGGGAACUCGUAUCAUACUGGCAGAAACGGGUUCGGCUGUGACACGAUUAUCAACUAUCAGGUAAUCCUUGCUAAUGGAAGUAUCGUUGAUGCGAAUCAAUCGGAGAAUCCGGAUUUGUACAAGGCACUGAAAGGAGGCGGUCCCAACUACGGCAUCGUCACCAGAUUCGACGUUGAAACCUUGCCCGCCGUCGAUCUUGCAUUUGGCGACAACAUCUACGAUGUGGAACACAUGAGUGAAAUGAUGGACGCGCAGUCCGACUUCACAGCGACGACAGACGAGAGCGGCGGCGACCACACUUUCAAUUACUUCCAGAUCGGCGCAAACGAUUCGUUGGUUUUUGCGAGGAAGGUGAACACCAAGGGAAACCUGAAUACAUCAGCAUUUGAUGCAUUCAACCGCAUCCCCACGAAGAAACAGGACUGGAGCCUCACGUCGCUCGCAGAUGCUGCUCCCCCUGCGAAGGAAGGGGAAGGUUUGAAUGCCGCGAGCUACACCUAUACUGCAAAGAACACCCGCCCUAUGGCCCAAUACAUCCUAUCCCGCUUCCAACGACUCUCCACCACCCUCUCUACGAAAUACGGCGCCGAGAAAUACAUGACUCUCAUGAUCACCCAGCCUCUCCCCGCAUACUACUCCACAAUCUCCCAACGCAACGGCGGAAACGUUCUAGGCCUCGACAAACAACUCGCAAACACGUCGACGGGCGCCGCACUCUACGUCAUCGCCAUAACUCCGCUCGCCAGCACCGACGAAGCGCUUGCAGUUGCCGACGCAGAGAUCAAAGCGAUGCUUGAGGAUUUGGACAGGGAGGCGGAAAAGCAGGACGCUGUCGUGCAGUGGAGGUAUAUGAAUUAUGCGGAUGCGAGCCAGAAUCCUUUGGCGAGUUAUGGGGAGGAGAAUCUAGAGUUUCUGGAGAAGGUUGCCGGGGUGUAUGAUCCUGAGGGGUGGUGGCAGGAUAUGGUGCCGGGAGGGUUUAAAAUUGGGAAGGCUAGGGUGUGA